AUGGAGGAAGAUGACAAACAAUCGCACGAGGGGGAGAAAGAAGCAAUUGAGAGAGAGGAUGCCGAGACGGAAUCGCCGCCUCAGAACACCGGUGGAUGGGGAUGGGGAUGGGGAUUUUCUGGCUUCUCCGACCUUCAAAAAGCUGCCCAAGAUCUAUCUCGCAAUGCUGCAGCAGUGGCAGCGCAAAGCAUUGCGGAUAUGCAGGAAGGCGAUAUUGACUCAGAGUCUUCUGCCAAGGAAACUGAUACGGAGCAGGAUUGUGAUGAUGAUGAUGAUGAGAGUCACAAGUUAAAGAAGUUAGCUCUAGCUAAGUUGGAGGAUGCAAGUGAAGAGUCACUUCUUAGCCAGGCAAGUUUUUCUUCUCUUAUGCAUAACCCACUCUCCAUAUUUUAUGGUGGUUUGAAGGUCUUUGAUGAUUCAGUUGAGAGUUUCACUUCUGGAGCUUGGCUCGCACUAGGAAAUGCAUUAAAGGGAGGCACUAGCUUGGUGCAAAAGCUUGAAAACAGUGUCCAGCAAGGUACUUCGCCUAGGGAAGCUGGAUCUGAUGCACCCUCUCUACUGGAGACGGGAAAAGCAUUAACUGCCAAAGGAAUGCAAGUUCUUGAGUUUGUGGGCAAGGAGACUAUGGAUUUGUUGAUUACAGAGACUGGUCUUGGAGUCGACAAGAAUGGGGAAGGCUUUAAGGAUCAGACUAUUGAGGAAGUGACAUUUGAUCGAUGCUUUUACAUUUAUGGUGGCCCGGAGCAGCUAGAAGAAUUGGAAGCGUUGUCCAGCCACUAUACUCUGUUGUUCAACAGGAGAAAGGGGAAACUGUCUCAAGCUGAGAAAACUAUGUAUGACGGGAAGCUCAAACAGAUCCAGCAGCUGUUUAGCUUCGCUGCUGAAAUGAAUGGAAAUAAUGCAGAGUCUGAUAAAGGGAAGCAAAUAGAUACCAACACUGAAGGCAGUGAUGAUGACAUGAAGAAUUUACAUAACUCGAGCGUCAGCAAAGCUGCUGAUAUGGCUGCUGGGUUCACAAACGCUUUAACUGGAAUAAGCAUAAACGAUAUGAUCCAGCGGACUGGUGGCAGGCUUGAAUCUCUUCAUUCAGAAGGAGUUCAUAGACUUUCAGAGAUGUGCUGUUUCGCAGUCACUCAUCUGCUUAUUCUCGGUAAGUCCAUGAUAUCUCAUGCAACAAAGUUCAGGAUGAAGACACCAACGCUUUGAAAAUCGAGUGGCCAGAGGAUCUUACUGAAAAAGCUAAGCUGAUUAGAGGCAAAGCAGAAUCGAUGGCUGGAUAUGUUGAAGCAGUUUCCAACAGUUUCAUAACAGGUUCGUCUAUAAUUGCUCAACUUAGUUGGGCUUAUAACUGCUAUCGCAUUUCUUACUGUGGAUACUGGGUUGCCAGAAUCAUCUUAUGUAAUGGAGUGAGUAUCUCAAUUGUCAUAUUAGAAGGUACAAGGAACAUUUCUUGUACGAUGAAGUGAAAUUCUUAGAAUUUACCCGUUCAGC